CGACGUAUAGUAAGUUACGACGCGUGAACGUUUGAACUAGAUGGAUCCUACAUCAUUUGGAAUCGUCAAGGGGGAAGUUCAGCGUCUUCCUUUCAAAGACGACAAAGUGAAAGCCAUUGCUUAUGCACAGGGAAAUUUCUACGCCGAACAAGUUGGCGAAUUGAUGCGAGAAUUCAGUUUUGAUGAUGGCCGCUUGAAAGCACUCCAAGCUUGUGUUGGCAAGAUGCUUCCAGCGACCUGUGCCGGUUUAAUUCCCUUGCUUCGGGCGUUCAACUUCGAUAACAACAAAGUUUCCGCGUUAGAGCUAGUCUCGGUUAAGGUGGUGGAUCCACUAAACUUCAUGGUGCUCAACGACGUUUUUCCUUAUAUCAAUGAACGGGAGCGAGUGAGAAAUAUCAUGCAACGACGAGCUACCAUGGUACCUCCCCAGCCCCCACCUCCAGUAAAUCCUGCCGUCGCCGGUAAUCCCUAUCCUUAUGGCAGACCCAACCCAACUGUAGAUCCAAGCGACCCAGUAUUCAGAGUUGCUGAUAAAGCUGUCACUGGUGCAUUUAAUAUUGUGGAAGGAGCAUGUGGUGCCCUGUUUGGUCGUCCUGCCCAGCGCGGUGCUGUUGUCCAAAGACCAGUUGCAUACCAAACAACAACAUAUGUAUCGCCCCCAGGAGGAGGGGUGCAAGUAGUGAGUGUCCCACGGGGUGCAACAGUCACUACAAUCCCUCCAGCUGCACCUUACCCACAGCAGGCAUAUCGCCCAGCAGGCCCUUAUCCCGUGGGCCAAGCACCGCCUCCAUACCAACCUCAACCAGGAUACCCAGCCCCACCACGAUAUUAUAAGUAAUGCAUGUAAUGAACUUAAAGAUGUUUCAGUUUUUACAGAUACUAUCAUUACAUGUAUUAUACUUAGUGUAAACAGUUAAGCAGUUUUUGUUUACAAGUGGUUUCACCAAUGGAAAACCACACAGCUGUAGCCUUUGCAUGGUCAUUAACUCUCUCAAAGUCCUUCGCUUCUUACUUCCUGUUCCGCUAGUACACUGUAGUUCCCAGCACGCUCUCUUGCUCACUUUCGCUGCAGAAAACUGAGAGAAAUCUCCUACUCAUGCUUCGCACUCAAGAAAAAAUUUUAGCUUGACUUGUGGGCAAGUCUACAUCCAGGGCUGAGUUGUUCAAAGCUGGGUUAAGAUAACCCAGGGUUAGAUCAAAGUUUGAAUUCAGAUAUGAAAGCUUGAAAAGCAAAUUCACUUUAAUUCUUUUUGUCAACAAUUUGAUGAUUGGCUACUCUGAAAAGAAUAGAGAAGAUUGUCCAAGAAAAUGCUUUUGAUGAAAAGAAAGAGACCCUGGUUAAAAUUUAACCCGGGUUAGCGCUAAUUGGCCUUCAAACAAAUGGGCCCUGGUCAUCUAUGCAAGUCCCUUUCUCACCAUACUGUAAACCACUUAGCCAGUGACAUUCUUAUUUUUGAAAAAUUAAAAAAAGUAUAAUGUAUAUUAUUAUUUUAUUUGCACUUUGAAAUUUGCUACACAAUCAAAGAAUUAUGCAAUAAAAGUUUGUUAGCUCUGAUAAAGAUCCAGGGUUGUCACUAAGAUUUCAAGUUGCCAGGUAAAUACAACAAGUAGGCGGGGAAUCAAACGGUUAGGGAUUUCUUUUGGUUCUAUUUUUCUUCUAUUUUCCAAUAAAAGUAGCCGGGGGUCACCCUCUUAGUAGCCGGGGAAAAACCCUGGCCCCCGGCUCUUAAUGACAACCCUGAAGAUCAUUCAAAAUAUCCCUUGGAUAUAAGAAAGGAAAAGUGAUACAAGGUAUGAAAUAUGUUGUUAUUCAAGGCCUAUAGUUAUUGCGACCAGGCCCGUUAGCCAAUAUAUUCUCUGUUCUUUUUCAUCACAAAGUGAGGUUUAUAGUAAAAACUUAAUUGGCUAUACACAAAUAGAAAAUAGAAGCUGUGGAUCGAAUUUACAUGUGAGGUCACACACACCCAUGUGACAUGUGAUUUGUAAUUAGAUGCCUUACAUUGUAAACAGACAAGGCUUGGAAUUGUGUGUCUUUUGAGAUCAACAUUGUUACCUUAAAAGCAGUUUUAGCUUACAGUGAAACCUGUAUUAAGCGAACUUGUAUUAGGCGGUCACCCUCCAUUAAUUAACGGUCACUUACCAAAGCCCCAGAACUGGUCACCUACAUUAAGUGGUUGCAGUCCCCUUGUCUGAGGUCCGAAAGAGUUAUUUUUUGUUGUCACUUCUAUUAAACAGUCA